GGUACGGCAAGCUGAAGCCUGCCUACCGCGACCUGGAGCUGCCCAGCCAGGAGGUGCCCUCCUUCCAAGCCACCGAGUCACCCAAGCCCGCCAAGAUGCCCAAGAUCGUGGACCCGCUGGCCAGGGGCCGUCCCUUCCGCCAUCCUGAUGAGCCUGCCCGUCCCCACACCCCCCCCCAAAUCCUGCCUCCCACCACCCCCGGCGUUGCCUCCUUGGCGUCCUUCAAUAGCGUCCGCUCGGGCUACGGCCGCCUGCCGCGCAGGAAGAGGGAAUCCGUCGCCCACAUGAGCUUCAAGGCGGCCGCAGCACUUCUCCGUGGACGCUCUGUCCUGGAGCCACUGGCUCCCAAGCGGAGGAGCAACAAGAGGAGCUUCGUGUACCCCAGCUUCAUGGAUGAGGACACAGCGGAUGCUGCCGAUACCCUGGACUCGUCCUUCUUCAGUAAGAUGGACAUGCACGAUGAGACGUACUCCAUGCCUGAUGAUGUCUUCGAGUCACCGCCUCUGUCAGCCACCUACUUACGGAUGCACCCGGUCGGGGAGGAUGCCAGGGCAUCCCCCGAGGUGGAGCAGCCCACCCCGCGGGAAGGUGUCCGGCUUGCUUCAGCCUCCGCCAACACCGGCGCGGCUCCCCGGCGAGGCAGGCGCAUCGCUUCUAAAGUGAAGCACUUUGCCUUCGACCGCAAGAAACGCUACUACGGGCUGGGGGUGGUGGGGAAGUGGCUGAACAGGACGUACCGCCGCAGCCUGAGCAGCAUCGUGCAGUCGCAGCUGGAGAUCACCGACAGCCACCGGCCGUAUUUCACAUACUGGAUCACCUUCGUCCACAUCCUCAUCACCUUGCUGGUGAUCGGCACCUAUGGCAUUGCCCCCAUCGGCUUCACCCAGCACGUGACGACAGAGUUAGUGCUGAGGAACAAGGGUGUCUAUGAGAGCGUCAAGUACAUCCAGCAGGAAAACUUCUGGAUCGGGCCCAGCUCG